AUGGCGCAGCGAUGGGCCCUAGGGGGAAGCGGCGGGGGGAGAAAGGCGGCGGUGCUGCUGCUACCACCGGUCCUCUUCCUGUGCUUCCUAUCAGGACUCGCUUCCGCCGGUCUUCAUGUCGUGGGAGACAAGCAGCAGUGGCGCGAUGGCGUCAACUACUCGGAGUGGACAACCCGCAGCCACUUCUAUAUUCAGGACUGGCUCGGUAAGCCUCCGAUCCUCCGUUAUCAUUUCCCAUCUUAAUCUCGAAGCUUUCAACGGGAUCUCACCUGCUGUUCUUCGAUUGAUUUCGCUGGGGUGAGCAGUUUUCUACUUCCAGAAGGGGAUGUACGACGUGGUGCAGGUGAGGAACGAGUCGGCGUACAACCAGUGCCUGGCGGGCGAUCCGGUCCUCAACUGGUCCCGCGGACACAGCUUCGCCAUGCAGCUCAACCACACCGGCCGAUACUACUUCAUCUGCAGCCGCGGCUACUGCUACGGCGGGAUGAAGUUCUCCAUCCUCGUCGAGCCCCUUCCCCCGCCAGCCCCGGCCUCUCCCCCGACUUCAACGUCGGAGUCCACUGUCCUUUCCUCGUUCUGGUCUUUGGCCGCCGCCGCGGCGACGGCUAUAGCCGCAUCGGUUUGA